AGCACCAAUAUCUCCUGGCACGGAAUCCCAGUUUGCUUUUCUUGCCCUUUGCCGUUUACAAAAUGUCGACUAAUUCUCAAAACGAAGAAAAGGGAAAAACAGUUUUAAUACCCGUAGAUGGCAGUGAGAGAAGCGAACGAGCAUUUCAAUGUAAGUGUGAUUUGAUAUCUAUACCGUGAUAAAACCUAUUUUUCACAACUGAUCUAUGCGCUCCAAAACCACCGAUUGGGCAAGCGCCAAAAAUCGAAAUAUUCCUCUUUUUUCUGAGCAUCUAAAACCGAAAUUUUAGCACAAACGCUUAAUGUCAACCGAGUAAAAACAACCAUCUUGAUCACCAACCUAGAUUUCUACAAUAGGAAAUUUCCCGAAGGGUGUCAAGAGUGGCAUUAAAAGUAGAUUUAAUUUUAGCUUUGUUGAUGAAACUUGUCCAUAUAUAAACUACAGUAGAUAAACAAAUGUAAUUGCCAUUUUCCUCCAUACAACGGUAAUUUUCAGGGAUUUGGAGGAGAGGACCAUUAUUUUUUCAGAUUGAAAAGAUAGAAUUAUGGGAGUUGCGGAGGGCAGGUCUAGGGAGGGAUCGGAAGAGGAUGGACUUAUAAUGGCAAGGUGGUUGGGGUAGGGGAAAAAACAAGCUGGCCCACUAGAAUACUUAUUGUGUCUGCUUGAAGUGACUCGCUCAAGGACUUGCACGCAGAAAAUCCCAAGAGUUGAAGGAAAACUGUCUUCUUUACAUCUGCUGUCUUAAGUUAUAAAAUAACUUUUUUCAUAUCUUUAGGGUACUGUAACAAUAUGCACCAAUGUGGCAACGAGGUGAUUCUGCUGAAUGCAAAUGACUUGCCACAAACCACCGCGCCAUAUUCGUGUAAGUUACGUACAUUUAGAGCUUAUUUUCCAGUCCCACACAUGACACGACGUUAUCAAAGUAUUUUCAAUUUUUGGACCGUGCUGAAAAAAACUGCUGAACGAUAGUUAGGUAAAUUGAAGAACUAGAUUAGCUAAGUAAUUAUGGGAGGAAAAAUGGAUAUGAAAUGCAAUAUCCCCCUCCCCCCUGAAAAGUACGGGGGACUCGCAGGUGAAAAAGACGAAAAAGGCAGUAAUGCUUGUGGACCCGUUUUGGGGGUAAGGGGAAUUCAGGGUGGAAUGUUUGAGCUCAGGAGUAAGCUGUCAAUAACAAAUUCUUUAACGGUACCCAAUGAAAUGUAUAGCUGGUGGUUGAGUAAUAUCUUUUAUGGGUUAUAAACUGUAAAAUUUGAGCGAUCCCCAGAGACUGGUUUCCUUUAUUGGUUUAAUUAUCAAUCUUCAGCCUCGCCCUUGUCACUUGAACGUUGUCUUUGAGAUUGUUUCGAGUCGCUUUUACAAUUUCUAUCGUUUCUAAGGCCUUAGUUCUUAGGCUUCUCAUUAAACUUUCAUAGUAAAUGGCAAGAUCGUCAUUUUUGUUUUUCAGAUUUAAAGUGCCUAUCACCAGGAGCCCAUGAUGGGCUCCUACUAUCACCUGUAAAGUUAAAAUUUCGAACAUUUAUGUAGUUUAAAGAAUUUCUGCGAAGAAAUAAAAGUUACUUUGCGUUCAACACACUUUUUCGGAAAUUUGAGGCUGAUUUCCCGCCAUAUUUAUUCAAAAAGGAGUGAUUGAGAUACUGGGCACUAAAUGCUUGUGACGUCAACGCGGUACAUGUUGUCGCCGAGAUACCGUGUUGACGUCGCAGGCUACUCGGCCCAGUCCCCCAUAAGGCGCGUUUUUUACUUCGCGAACCGGGAUUUUGAUCGCUUGUUAAAAAUCGAGAUUGAGCUCAAAUCCCAUUCUAUUGCUUGUUUUUGCAUGUUAUAUGUUCCUACUUCUUAAAAAGAAAGGUACUGGCUAUGGGUUAUAGGCACUUUAAAAGAAUGCUUAAGAAACGUAUUUGUUUGACACGAAGCUAUGAUUUUGCCAUUGACUAAGUAAUUUCUUCGCUAUCCUUGAGUUCUAUAGCGAGAAGCAGCCACGACACGUUCCUUUUAAAACACGCGGUAUGCGGUAUACUAACAUGUUUUUUUGUUCGCAGAUGGUUGUCCAUUUCCGCAUGGCUGGAAGGAAGCAGUUAAGGAAAGUUCUGCUGAAUCUGAACGCAUUCUUCAAUCAUACUUCAAAAAGUGCAAAGACAGAAACGUAAGUUUAUUUUAUCUUUACCUUUUUCCCGCCCAAGACUGACAUUCAUGGGUGGAUUCAUUUGCAGCAUACCCAUAUAGCCGGCACAUUUUCCCUCCUCAUUGCAUGUUAUUGCUUUCAAGCUUUUCAACAAUGAAAACUUCGUACGGGCCAAUGCAACGGUAAUACGCGUAUGUUACAAAAGAAUCCACCAAAAGUUCAGAGUCGUAGCCAAGAUUUUGGCCCUGUUCACACGUAUCCGUUUUUCUCCGUUUUCAAUAAUUCGCGUUUACACGUUGCGUUUUUUUAAUCGUUUCUGCCCGUCCACAGAUAAGGCAAUAUAUGAUGACUGUUGUAAACAGUACCAUCUUUGAUGGAAGCAUGCGCAAUAACUGGUUUCCAACAUCAAGAAGUAGUUGUUUUCAGAACCCUUCCUUCUCACCCAUCCACACGCGCGAGUGCAGCAAAAUGGCAUUUUCAGAAAUAUCCACUCUGGAGAGCGUUUUUCAAAAGAUGCGUUUUCGAUGACCGUUUUUUACCGUGUGGACGGUAUUCCAAACUGGAGAGAAAAUAUCUCUGUUUUCAAACAAAAACGGAUACGUGUGAACGAGGCCUUUAUCUCAGGUACUAUGCACAGUUUUGCAAAUCCACCCACAGCCAUGUUCCCCAAAUUUCUUUCACGUAGGAAGAUGUAAUCAGUGUGAUAAGGUAAUCAUCUCUAUUGGUCGUAGGACCGUGUUUGAAAUGCAGCAUUUUUUAAGAGGUUCGUGUGUAUAAGUGUAGCAAAGUCGGAAAAAAAAUAACUGAGAAAUAAAGGUACUGCUUUUCCCGGCGGGGGGGGACUCCGCAUAUGAAAGGGGUGAGGAUGCUCGUCGGAAAUUUUGAGACCGAUCUGGGCGUGGCCCAAGCUUUUUUUGAGCUCCUAAAAGAGAUCAUGUUAAACACAGACAAUAUCAGGAGCCCAUCAAAUGAUGGGCUCCUGACAAUAUAUAUAUUAUUUCGCGUGCAACCCUAAACGAGACCUUAACGGCUUAAUAUGAUGGCUUUUUGCCCAGAACACCCUAAGUGAGACCAAAAUCCGAAAUUUACACCCCUAAGCGAGAUGACGAGCAUCCCCACCCCUUUCAUAUGCGGAUUUCCCCCCCCCCCCAGGGUGCCUUUCAGUACCAUACAAACGGCUAUGAGAUCUUUGCUUAGUCGGAUGACCACGUAAAAUGACGAUCCCGUCCCCAAGAAGAGUCCUCAAUUAGCUUUAGUGCUAAAUAAAUUGACAAAUUAAGUGCAUUACCCUUCCUUUUCUCAUUAAACGUACAAGUCACAAACUAAAACCACACCAAAACACUGUGUGCUGCGCAGGAAAGCAUGGGUCCGAGAUGGGAGGUGAAUGCUGCUCUUACCAUUUCGCCAGAGAGGGUAACUAUACAGGGUAUUUUAAAUCGCAAAAUUGUCGUAAAUUAUUUUUCCGAAAUUUUCUUUUAGUUGGUUCAACAGGUUUGAAUAUAACUAUAAAAUUGACUGAACUUACUCCAUUUUUAAUUUUAAUAGAGCUGCUCUUUUUGUCUUGUUUCAGAUAAAGUGCAGAAUGUUUACGGAGUCUGACAGCCCAGGAGAAGCUAUCCUCCGAUUAGCCAAAGAAAAAAGCGCGGAUCACAUUGUGAUGGGUUCCCGAGGACGAGACCCCAUCAGCCGCACCCUCGCUGGGAGUAUCAGUUAUUUUUGUACACAUCACUCUGAUGUGCCAAUCUCAGUUGUCCCCCCACCCUCUCCACGCUCCCGAGAAACUCUCGGAGUCUCAAAUAUGGACGACGCAUGCGCACCUACGACGCCAAUAUUCAACGACCCCAAAGAGCUUUACGAGACAAAUAUAAUGGGCUAUAUUUGAUUGAUAUUUCUGGUUUCCUUGAUUUGGUUGGAAUAUUAAACUGGAUAAUGUUAAAAAUGACAAUAAUUACAAUAUUGAUGAUCGACAAUUCGUCGUGUUUCUCCAUUCUCCCAUCACUUAAAACCGGAAUCGCACACAGUAGUCACUCAGUUAUUCCUGCUGCCCGUUGGCAGUGACUGGGCGGGCGUUUAUGCCCGCACAGGUGUUUCGGUAGGAAAGAGAACUCCUUAAAAUCUUUCCAUAGCGGGAAGACAAGAAGCGGCUGGGUACUAGUCUAACUAAAAACGCAUAACGACUACAGGUACACGGCCAGCGAGAAACAAUUAAUGUCCCACAUAAGCAUUAUAUUAAAUUCGGCACAUGUGAAGUUCGACCUUUGAAAAGGGUAGAAGCCACAAACAUAUAUAUAUAGAAUGCUGCACUAACAAAAUAAAGCUAUCGAACAGAGUGUUACACGGUUAUUAGUCCCAUACACUAUUUUGUAUUCUCCCCGGUAAAAUAGGUUAGAGGUUCUAAAAAAAAAGAUUUAACUAAAACAAACAAAAUCACUGAAUUCAGUAUCUUUGACCCUACACUCUUCGAAUACCUCGACCUCAGAGCCUUGGGGAAACAAAGUGAAGAGAAAGGCACUGCGGAACAAAGUUGAAUUCCACCUUGAUUUGGAAAGAGGGGGUCUUUAUUUUCCGUAUACUUUGAUUGCAGCUUCUGUAACAACAUUUAAAGAGAUAAUAAAAGUAGCUUAAAAUAUAGUUUGAGCUCAAAAACUAUCGUUUUUUAUAGGAAUACUGCUAACAAAUGUCAUUCAGGGUAUACAAUGAAAAAAAAUUUCACAACCAACGCAAAACAAAAAAGCGACUAAUUCCUGAACUUUCCAAUGAGAAAUUUGUUACAUAAACUGAAAAAGAAAAAAACAUUCCUGGGUAAGGUCUUCACUCAAAAAAGACUAAGCCAGAAAUUAAAAACCGUUUUUUUAAAAAAAUUUUACCUGAGCAAUCAGACAUCAUGGGGAAGUCAUGUUGAGCGGGGCUGGGUUUCUUGCGUGAACUCACGCCAUAGGCCUUUACAGCUUACGAGUCGCAUGUUAUCACGAGCUGUGAGCUCUGUUUUAGCAAUCAAGGCAAAUACAAAGCAUCGCCUGUCCAAUUUGUCUAUUUUAUUAUUAUUUUUUUGGCCUGUCUUUUGAAGUUGUUUUCUCCCCAUCACCAUCUGAGUGUUCAACCUCUCACAUCAUUUUCAUCGUUUACAAAAACUUCGAACGAAUUGGAUGGCUUUUUUGUUUGAAAAUUCAACUUGCUUCUGCGUCUCCGUAAAGAGAAUUUCUAGAAACGAACUGUGAAAUUAGAAUUGAUCAUGAACAUGGCUCUUGAAUUGAUAGAAACGUGGAAAUACUCAUGGAGUAGAACUUUUUUUGGUCUAUGACGUCACAACAUUAACCAUGUCCACGUGCGCGUUAAGAAAGAUCACGCACCAAUCACACAGUUGCGUGACUUUUUAAACGCAGCGGCAUUUUCGUCUCUCACAGUUUCGCUUAUCCUUCCACUGGUUCAUUCGUUUUCUGGCCACGUACUCACAAUGAGGCCUGAUAGCGAAUUACAGAGGAGAGUUGUACUCGGAGUGGAUGACAGCGAACACAGCGAACGAGCUUUUGACUGUAAGUACGUAACUAUAAUCUAAAGGAAAAAAAUAGAUCUUAUUCCACUUUUAAAGAAAGCUUGUAAAAAUUUCGUUACUUUUUGGGCUCGGACGUACACAGAACGUUUGCACGCUGGAAUAAUCUCUUGCUUCUUCAUGCCAUAAGGCGAGAAACAAACUAACACAAGCUACAAACAAACUACAAACAACUCUGUAGAUACGCUUUUCACCCGUGACCUUCGUGACGUAAUUUCAAUUUUUUUCUUCUCUUAAGUUUUAAAUUAGUGAGAUUAGUACCAGAAAUGUAGGCUUAUAUUUUCCAUAGCGAAAUACAAUUAUCUUGAUAGCUAAACGACGACUAUGUGCAAAUUAUGUUUAAAAAAAUUUGUAAUAAAGGCAAUACGUUCUUCAAAGGCACGUUCGUGACCCAAGCCACGUACGCUUAUAGAGCCAUGUGCGAAGCAACUUUUGCUCAUGGAGUGAAUAAAAAUGGAUGAAAUGUACCAUGUAUAAAGUUUAGCUCUCAUGUCUGCCUCAUGUCUGUUAUUUCUAAAAAUGUUUUGGGGGUGAACUGCUUCUCCAUCUUCUAAGCAAUGCAUCUAGUCGGGAGGUACUCAAAGCUUCCCUUCCCCCGCGACUAUGAUAUUAUGAUCUGAGCCUAUAGAGAGGGAGAAAAUAGCAAAAAUAUUUAAACUUUUAAUUUUUCGGGGAAGCGAUAUUAUGCCAUUAUCUCGUUACUCAUUUAAUAAUCCUUAUUUCUAUCUAUCUACUUUAUGGAUAUGUGGUGGACAAAGGGUCAGGUAGCAACGAUACUUAGUAUAUGGCAUACUGUACUGUGGUGAUAGAAUCAGACCGGAAGAGAAGAAACAUGCAGGUUUACGUGUAGCACAUCGCGUUCACGUGUACACAUCGUGUUUUAUCUUUCCCUCUGCAAAUGUUGGAAGUAUAAACCUUACGGCAAAAGAGGUCUGCACUGGCCUAUUUGACCAUAUCAACUAUGCACUUAAAACAAAUUAAUGACCUAAUUUAAUUUGGUUCGUUCCACUGAAUUUCAAAAUCACAAGAGACUUUUCAAAAGGAUAUUAUGAUCACGAGUAAACAUAUUCCAAGGUGAUGACGGCGACAGCGACGUCCAACGAUUCGUACAUCACUGAAAAAGCAAUACAGGGUUUAACAAUCAAAACAACAACUCUGCUCGUGUAUCAAACUUUUUUGGUACAUUUCUUUUGGCGUCCCUCUGCACGACUACGACGGGAAAUACAGUGUGAUUAAUAUUACCCAAUGCCGCGGAAGAGGGGCGCCCUUCUCUUAUACCUUUCCCCCCCCCCCCCCUUUUCCUGCCAGUGAAAGGCAUCACGACUUUGGACCUACUCUGUUGUCACCUUUUCAAUUUUUUCCAUUCCUUGUUUAAACGUUUCAGAGAACACUGCUAUCUAAACGCUUCUUAUGUUUUUUAAAAAAGUAGAAACACCAUACGACGUUUCUUCCGUCCAUUGUAGUACUACGUAUACUGUACAGCUACAGUAUUUCGAGAAAGGUUUUUGGAAAAAACUUGCACGCGACAGUACCGAAACGUAAUCUGGGAUAUGAUCAUUACACUGUUCCUGACACUGUAGCUGUGGAAACUACUUUUGUUAUUUUCUUUUAGCACUCGCAAAUAUACGUCCGUGGCCUCUCGUGUCAUUUUUUCAGAUUUCUUCGAAAAUUAGUGAACUCAAAACCACCCACAAUUCCUUUCGAUAUUGUCGCGUGCACUUUUUCCGACAACCUUUCUCGAAAUAGCUGUAUAUUUCUGUAAACAUUGUAGUGCUACACAUAUAUUUCUGUAAACAUUGUAGUACUGCCAUAUGCUGAUUUCUUUAAAUUCGUGAUCUCCCAAAUAAACCUGAUGAAGACUGGUAUUGGUCGGGUGAAAUAUCGUAACUACAGUCCAUUCACGAUGUUUGAGGAGUCCUCCAGUUGUCUUUUUGACAAUAAUGUUAUUAAUUUUGACUGAUCGCGAUUUUGUUUUGAUCUGCGACGUUGAUCAAGGUUGAUUGCGCACUGUUUUAUUGCAGUGGUCUUGCACCUUAACUUUUCACUAUUUUGCUUCUUAAAAGCUUAUUCCUUGUUCAUUUUUUCACUUUCUUUCAGGGUACGUUAACAAUAUUUCUGAUAAUGUGAAAGACAUUUUGCUUAUUAUCCAUGCACAAGAGAUUCCAACCCACUCAGCUGCACCAUACGCCUCGUGUAAGUAUAAACGCGUUUAUUUUUAACUCCAAAUUGUAUGAAAAAUGACAUCAAUGGAACACCCAGGAUUCUUAAAAUUUAAACAAAAGUUUUACAUUUUAGAAAAGAAACGCACAAUCCAUUUUUGGAUUCAAGAAUCUGAAUUUGCAUUUUGCCAAAAAAAACCUUCACUGACGUACACUCGUGCACCCUACUGUGAUUGGUCACCUUGUGUUUCAAACAACGAAUUUUAGAAUAGACAGAAUAGACUGCGUAAAUAUUUCCCUUCGUAAUUUCUGUGAUUUACGGAUGCUGUGUCCCUCUUUCAGAUGAUUAUUGGUAUUACGAGGAGUGGCAGCAGUCGCUGGAAAAAGUUGCUAAAAACUCGAGGGCGCUGUUGGAGGCUUACGGAGAGAAAUGCAGAGAACGUGGGGUUGGUACAGUUUCAUCUUGUUGCGGCAAUCCUUUCCUUUUAAUAUGACCUGCACAAAGACGUCACCAAAGGAAGAAACUUUGAAAAUGUUAUUGUGCGUCUUAAGUCUUUGAUUCUACGUCACCGUAGUUGUAAGAACGAAACAUCUCCCAGGUCCGUUUCUCGAAAGUCCCAGUUACUUUUCCGGCCCUAAAUCAAAUAUUCCAAUCAAAAUAUAAAAAAAUAAAAUCGCGGGACUAUUUUGUUUUGUUAACUGAUAGUUUUAUCAUAUUAUCUGCAAAACUCAUGAAACCUCGAUCUUCAAUGUGAACAACAACUGCUUUCCAGGGGUUCUCGAAAGUCCCGAGUAAUUAACGGGCGCGUAAAGCUGUUGUUGUUUACAUGCAAGAUAGAGGUUUCAAUAGUUUUGAUAAAACUAUUAGUUAAUGAAACAAAAUUGCUUGCAGGACCCGCGCUCUAACUCUUUAUAUUUCGAUUUGAGUAUUUGAUUUCGGGCCCGAAAAGUUACCGAGACUUUCGAGAAACGGGCCCAAGAAUCCAAAACAGGCUUCCCUUAAUCCACAGCACGUCUUAGAUAUUGAAACACUUGACAGAAUCUAAAACAUAGAAGAAUCCAAAACUCUUCCCAGGAUCGAAGACACGUACCAUAAUCCGCAUCACGUCACAGAAUCCUCAGUCCUGUAAGCAACUAGUCAGAAGGUCUGGUCAUUGUGUUUUGGAGUCUGGAAUCUGUUUUGUAUUUUAAGGAGUUUUCUUUACCCUGGGACAUUUUUUUGAUGUUGUGAUCAGGCGUCUUGUUCCUGUGAACCACAGAACCGUGAUCUUGCACAAAAAACGUGCACGAGUUCAAAUAGUUAUUCUUCUUUUCCAGUAUAUCUCUUCGCAUGUUUCAGUGUUAACUUCAGUCCACUCUUUGUUAUAUUCUAGAUAUUUACUGACGAUAGCACUUCCGGUUAAUUCGUAUUAAGUAAUCAAUGAUCGUUCACUCAGCGUUAGAUCUACACCCCGAUUCAGGUUCUCGUUUUUAGAGGUCUUAGACGUGAUCUCAACAGGUUCCGUAGCAGCUUUUCCCGCCAAUUGCACGUUACAAACUUCCCACGCUAUCUCUGUCUGUCUCUGUCAAUGUCCAAAUCGCGCGGAUCGUCAAGUGUCGCGUAAGACGUUUUUAUAUUACAGUCUUGAUCGUCUAAUCACAAGUUGAGACGACUUCGCGAUCGAGACGAUUGUGUGUUGUCCAGACUUAAGAAAUUAUUUGCUCGUAGCAGAGGCAUUUGAAAUUAGACUACGAGUAGUCCCUCAUUUCCCUGAAAGAUAGUUCAGUGAGCAAAACAUGCGUGCGCGCGCGUGAAAAUCGCUCUGCACGAUGACAGGAUCAAAGGAACGCCGUGGAGGAAAGAGAGAAAUCCCCACUCUUCCCCACACGUGUAACCUUUCUCGCGAGCAGCGACUUUCACGCGCGUUCGCGUAUUUUUUUCGCUCACCUUAGGGACUCUUUUUACCUGGUCCAUGAACGGCGUCUUCCAAGGCCUUCUCAGUCAAUGUAUUUCGGUGACGUAUCCGAGACGAAAGGCUGCGAUACUCACUCGGAAAACGUGACCCGAAACGCAUAGGCCGUGCAGAAUAAUAGGACUACGCAAGGACUACUCGAAGUCAAUUAUGCAUUUGAAUUGCGAGGGGCAAAAUCAGUAACAUAACGGCUGUACUGCUUUUUAACUUGCAGAUAAAUUACAAACUGUACAAUGAAAGAAGCAACAGCCCUGGGGAAGUUAUCUGUAAACUCGCGACAGAUGAAAAAGCGCAUUUACUGGUGGUUGGAGCUCGCGGCGUGGGAAAGAUUCAUCGAAAGUUCUUUGGUAGCGUCAGUGAAUACUGUGUGCAUCAUGCACACAUGCCGGUGGUAGCUGUUCCACCUCUAAAAAAUAACAACAUGGUUUAGAUAGAUACAGUGCAGUGUUGAUCAGUCCGCGACUAAGGCUAUGUUCACACUUUACCGGACAGCUUUUACGCCGGCACGAAAACCAUACCGAAUAUAGGCUUCUAAUCACAAAUGAGAAAGGUGAUUUGGGCGCGAUUUCAGUAAAGGUGAUGUUACACGUAGUCUGCUACACAGCCGUUUUUAGUGUCGUCACGCAACGCUCCUCCCCGCUUGCGUGACGACUCUAAAAACGGCUGUGUGGCAGACCAUGUUACACGGGACGAUUCGCCACGACGAUUUUUAGUACAAAACAGCGCUACAGUGUUUGAACAAUGUUGUAACCAUUCGAACCAAUGUCGGAACAAUGCUGCAACGCUGUGUUGCGAUAAAAAUAAAUCGUCGUUGCGAAUCGUUUCGUGUAACAUUACCUCAAAGGAGGGAAGCUGCGCCUCGCCGAUCUCUAAAGUGGAAAGGUAUUAAUAUCAUACCGGAAAGCUUGUCGUGUCGGUUAAAAAAACCUACCGGUAUGGUGUUAACAUAGACUAAAGUUGUUGUAAGGAUGAUUGAAAAUAUAGCUUCAGCUGAAAAGCAAAAGUGAGAGUAAAUAAAUAAAUGUCAUGUUCCAUUGGGGUUUUCAAAAAAUCGGAAUAAAAAUAAGUAAAACGACUGAUUUAUGAACUUUCAAGCGAGAAAUUCGUUUUAUCUAUUUUGUAAAACGCUGGAAAACAAAUUUUCCUGCUUGAAAGUACUGCCCAAAACGAUUAUUUGAUUAGUUACAUCAAAGGGUUUUGUCCACAGACUCAAAAAUUAGAACCGCCUCACAAGACUCCACAUCCACAGCUCUGGAAUGAAGAGGAUUACCCAGUCUACGAACAACUCACCCCAGGUUGGGAUUGCACUGAAAUCAGUCAAAUCAGAGAGUUGAAUUGAUAAGCUACGCUUGCUCUUGCUCGUCGGUUACAUGAAUUAUAAUAGUAUCUAUAAAAAGAGGACACACAUUAAGCCUGUAAUUGAACUCUGAGACUGAAGUCACUAUGGAGUUUUAGAGUCAGUCUUCAGCUUUUGAUUUUUGUGAAAUGCAGAAAGAUCAGAAUUUAUAUAGAGAAGCUGACGUUUCUGUGCUGAAAAUUUUAAUUCACAAACGGUUGCGGAUAAAUUUUCAUGCUUUUUCUCCAACGGUUCUGCUGCCUCUUUGAGUAAGUUCUAUAUCUCGUAUUUGGUUAGCGUCGUUAAUCGUGAAGGCCUAAAGGGUAAUCGAGACGGAAUACGCUAGAAAUGGCCAACUGAUUGUUAAUGUAUUUAAUUUGUCAACAAAAAAAAUGAUAAAAAAUCAUCAAUCACUUUUUUGGCAACACUCACCGUGAACAACUCUUCGCUUGCCUUUUCCAGUUUUCCCUUGAACAUGAUGGUCUGUCUCAUUGAGAAUGGCGAUAAAAAGAAGCCAUUUGCAUCUACAUUGACUGAACCGUAACUCCUGAAAGAGGUGAACAGUAGGAGAAAGGCGCUUAUGAGGCCAUCUUCGGUGAGAGAUAACUGCAGCUUUUUUGGCGCACUCGCUAGUUUUUCUUGCUCAUUACUGUAGCUCUUGAUUUUUAAGUUUAAAACAAAUAAAUGGAGAAAUGGAAGAAAAUGUGAUUAGUGGCCGUUUUUAUUUAGUCUGGAC